AGCCGCGCGCAGCCCCUGAACCUCUCCAAGUCUCUAGCACACUGGCAGCCGGUCGCCCCAAAGGAGCAGCAGUGCCCGCGGAGCUCCAUUCCUGAGCUCCUCUGCCCGAUGGAGCUAGGGUGCCGCCGACGCCACAGCUGCCCGGAACCCUGAGCCUCUCCGGCUGUCCAGAGGACCGAGCCGGCCAGUUCGAGAGUGCAGAGUACCCGAGCGCACACCGAGGACAGGGGACCUCGAGGUUCUGGAAGCACGCCGUGCCGCUCGCCCGGGUUACCUGGCCGGCGGUGGGUGACCAUGGCUCUGAAGGACACGGGCAGCGGCGGUAGCACCAUCCUCCCCAUCAGCGAGAUGGUGUCCGCGUCCAGUUCUGGCGCUCCUCUGGCCGCCGCCCCGGGGCCCUGCGCCCCGUCGCCCUUCCCCGAGGUAGUGGAGCUGAAUGUUGGCGGCCAGGUCUAUGUGACCAAGCACUCGACGCUGCUCAGCGUCCCGGACAGCACUCUGGCCAGCAUGUUUUCGCCCUCUAGUCCCCGGGGUGGCGCUCGGCGCCGGGGCGAGUUGCCCAGGGACAGCCGAGCGCGCUUCUUCAUCGACCGCGACGGUUUCCUCUUUAGGUACGUUCUGGAUUACCUGCGGGAUAAGCAGCUGGCGCUACCCGAGCACUUCCCCGAGAAGGAGCGGCUUCUGCGCGAGGCAGAGUUCUUCCAGCUCACCGACUUGGUUAAGCUGCUGUCGCCCAAGGUCACCAAGCAGAACUCGCUCAACGACGAGGGCUGCCAAAGUGACCUGGAGGACAAUGUUUCCCAGGGCAGCAGCGAUGCACUGCUGCUGCGUGGGGCGGCGGCCAGCGGCGCGCCCUCGGGCUCUGGAGCGCAUGGUGUCAGUGGCGUUGUCGGUGGCAGCGGCGCUCCGGACAAGCGCUCUGGCUUCCUCACCCUGGGCUACCGUGGCUCCUACACGACAGUGCGUGACAACCAGGCAGAUGCCAAGUUCAGGCGUGUGGCGCGCAUCAUGGUGUGCGGACGCAUUGCCUUGGCCAAAGAGGUCUUUGGGGACACUCUAAAUGAGAGUCGCGACCCUGACCGGCAGCCGGAGAAGUACACGUCCCGCUUCUACCUCAAGUUCACCUACUUGGAGCAGGCGUUCGACCGACUGUCUGAGGCCGGCUUCCACAUGGUGGCGUGCAACUCCUCUGGCACUGCCGCCUUUGUCAAUCAGUACCGAGACGACAAGAUCUGGAGCAGUUAUACCGAGUACAUCUUCUUCCGACCACCUCAGAAAAUAGUAUCACCCAAACAAGAACAUGAUGACAGGAAACACGACAAAGUCGCCGACAAAGGAAGUGAGAGUGGGACUUCCUGCAAUGAGCUCUCCACAUCCAGCUGUGACAGUCACUCAGAGGCCAGCACUCCACAGGACAACCCACCCAAUGCCCAGCAGGCUGCAGCUCACCAGCCUAACACCUUAACCUUGGAUCGACCCUCCAAAAAAGCGCCUGUGCAAUGGAUGCCACCACCAGACAAGCGUAGGAACAGUGAACUCUUUCAGUCACUCAUCAGCAAGUCCCGAGAUACAAAUCUCUCCAAAAAGAAGGUCUGUGAGAAGCUAAGUGUGGAGGAAGAAAUGAAAAAGUGUAUUCAGGAUUUUAAAAAGAUCCACAUUCCAGAUUGUUUUCCAGAGCGCAAACGCCAGUGGCAAUCUGAACUGCUUCAAAAGUAUGGGUUGUAGUAACGGUGAUGUUCCUGGCUUGUUUAAAUAGCAUUCAAUGUUUACUACAAUGUCACCACCUGACUGUUGGUAGGUGUGAUUCUUGCUGCUCUUCCUUUUUGUGAACAGUGGAUGUGGGACAGUAUUUUCUUUUCAUUACUUUUGUUGUUGUUUUUAGAAACAUAAUUUUAAAAAUGAAGCCAACAAAUGUGUGUCAAAAUGGUGUAUCUAUCUGAUUCAAGCCAUUUUGUAAUAAUGAAUGUAUAACGUGCAUGAUCAAGAAACUUAGGAAUCUUGAUUUUUGAACUGUGGUCAACUGGACAUGUUUGUCAUUCUAUAACUCACCAAGCAAAAAUAUCUUCAUAUCACAGCAACUCAGACAACAAUGUGGAUCAAACAACAUGAAGUAAAAUUUUAAGUGAUGGUUUUAGAACUCAAAUCUACAACUGUUUAAAUGUUAAUGCAAUAAACAAGUAUUAUUUUUGCAUGAAUACAAUGUUAUAAAUAAAUCACAAGAAAUAGGGAAGAUCUGUUCGUUGCUAUGAAAGAAAAAAUGCUAAAAAAAGCAAAAAUUAUAUAUAUAUAGUUUCAGGCAAAGUCUAUAAAUGUAAGCUGUCUAGGAGGCUGACUUCCUUUGCUCCAGAUCUGUGGUUCUUUUGUGUAGGUGUAUGGUGUUUCUGUAUGUUAAGAUGGUGUAAAUAUGCCUUAUACUGUUAUGUUAGGACAUCAACAUUCAUCUAUCAAUGCUAACCAUAAUUAUUUCUGUGAAAUGAGUCUUUUUACAUCAGGCUGUGAGAAUUGGUACAAAGAUGAUUUAAAAAUCCUAUUAUCGUGUUAAUCAAAAUAAUUGAGGGAAAUGACAAAG